AUGCCACCACCCACAUCUCUCUCUCCCCGUCACUUAGCCCUAACCACCGCGCCACCAGCCCUGUGUCGUGAGCGACCCCUUAUCACAUCCAGCACCUUCAAUCCCUCCCAAAUAGCCACCCUAUGCCCUAGCCAGUCACAACCACUACCCUGUGGCCUCCCUAUCUCGACCACCAUCACUACCUCUCCUAACCCAAGUCUGCACCUUCUCAUUCACUCUCUCCGAUUGAGCCUCACCGCAGCCCCUCACUCCCAGUCUCCCCUUCGCCUGCGAAGGCCACCAAAUCCACACCCAAACCACCUCCGAACUACAGCGAGCAUAUACCCUCACUCUCGCUCUUGCCGCGAACCAGCCACCAAGUGCCAAGUCCUAGCUACUGCCUCCAAACCGGCCGUGCCGCCACAUCGCUGA